GCCAACCAAUGGCGGCCACCAAAAGAGGAGAGACUUCCGGAGUAGCGGAAGACGCACGUGGACGCAUCCGAUGUUUACGUACAGCAUCCAGGUCAACGAUUGUACAUAUGCUAACUUCUCAGCAACGUUUCAUUGACCAAAGCAUUGAUAACAUUUCCAUGUCGAUAACAGUCUAUCGGUGUUGACAUCCUCACAUCAUAACACGGUCAGACAAGGGCUUCUAAACCAAACCAUGAGCUGUUUGGACCAAGACAAGCCCCUCUAUCUGAAGCAACCCUCUAGUGACUCCUCUAUAACACACAAGCCUGCCGUGCAACCUCUACAUGGAUUAAAAUUGGCAUCGCACGCUGUACUGGAGAAAGCGCAGCAGUGCGGCAGGUUAAAAUGCGCCAAAUGUGGGAGAUCACGAAUGUUCUUUUGCUACACAUGCUACUCAUUAGUGGGUGUCAGCCAGCAAGAAAUCCCCUCCAUCAAGCUUCCAGUGAAGAUAGACAUCAUCAAGCACCCCAAUGAAACGGAUGGCAAGAGCACCGCCAUACACGCCAAGAUACUGGCCCCCGAUGAUGUCAACAUAUACACCUACCCCUGCAUCCCUGACUUUGAAACCGACCAGGUUGUUUUGGUUUUUCCAGGGCCAGGGUCAGUCUCAAUGCAGGACUUGGUGCAGCAUUUGAGGGACAGCUUGGAUUGUGAGCCAUCCCCGAAAAGGGCUAAAACUGAGGAGACGCAAGGGCCCACACACGAUGCCCAUGACCCAGGGUCGGCGGCCCCAAAUGGGGCCACGGCCUCGGAGCCAAGGGCGUGUCCCCUCAAGAGGGUGGUUGUCAUCGACAGCACAUGGAACCAGACCAACAAGAUCGUCACAGACGAGAGGCUGCGAGGCCUGCCCCGGGUAGAGCUGAAGUCCAGGAAGACGUGUUUCUGGCGCCACCAGAAGGGCAAACCGGAGAGCUACCUGGCCACCAUUGAGGCCAUCUACUUCUUUCUCAAAGACUACCACGAGCAGUGCCUUGCUCAGGAGUACAGCGGGGAAUACGACAACCUCCUGUUCUUCUACGCCUACCUGCACACACUCGUCAACAGUGCCAAAACAGCCGCGGGAAGAGACUGAGAAGUUCAAUGAGAAAAGAGAUAAGAAAACUCAACAGUGGACAUUAUAGAAGGGUCUAUUUACAGAUUGCAAGACAGUUUGAUAUUGUAAGUAAAUCAUUGUCCCUUUUGGUCAUGAGCGACUUAACUUAUUUUAUUUUGUAAGUGCCAAUUUAUUAAAUCGUCAGUCUAUCAUUGGUAGGAUUUGCUGUGACACCCAUGCAUCAGAUUGUAAAGGAUUGAACAUAAAAGCCUGUCCGAUUUGAGAGCCAAAUCAAACCAAUAACAGUGGAUAUGAAACCAAACAAGGUAACUAGCAGCUAAGAAAUAUCGAGCUGUUAGGAAACGAGGCAAAUGUAGAAUCAUUGCAUAUUUUAAAGGACAUUAAUGAUUUAUGAGCUAUUUAAAUAUACAGUGGCCUAACCCUUCAUAAAUAUAUGGCCAGUUUAUUUUCCAUUUAGUUCAAAUAAAGACAAUGCAUUCUUUUAGGUUA